CAGUGGACAACUACACAACAGGAGCGCGAAACACAGGCCGAGCACACAAGCGCACAUUUGAGAGAUGCUGUGGGAGGGGGAAGGGCUGCCUGCGGUGGCACUGCACCGGUUUACCUUUGGGCAUGGCUACGACGUGAUUGGCUUGAGCGCAGUUGCGUUUGCUGCCAUGUUUGCGCUUGCAUUGGCCGCGCUGUAUGUUCUGAUUCCCACGAGCCCGAGGAAGACGAAGAAACCGAAGAAGCCGAAGAAGGACGGUGGAAAGCAGGACACCACCACCUCGCUGGCCGGGAUGUCAUUCCAGGAGCGCGUGCGCAUGACGAUUCGCAUGGUUGGGCCCCUGCACGCCGUGUUGGUGGGCGUGCCCGCGCUGGAGGCCAUCUUGGACGUUGCGGUGAACCACCAGGACGAGCUUGCGCCCUGGCCCGAGUCGGAGCACCUCAAGUGUGCGGUUGCGGUGUCGUGCGGCUACAUGAUUGUGGAUGGGCUGGUGAACCUGUACUUGGGCGAAGGCCUCAUGCUGGUGCACCAUUUGCUGACGCUGCUGACGGAGUACGCGUUCAUCAUGGACUCGUACAACACGCACAUCCCGUCGCCCUUCUUCCCGGCGGCCGUGUUCCUGGCGACGGAGCUGACGGCGCCCUUCCUGCACUGCGAGUUUCUCAUGCGCAAGUGUGGCGUGCGGCCGCAGUUGACGCUCUCCGGAGUGCUGUACACGCUGAACCUGGGGGCAAUUGUGCCGGCGUGGCUUCUCAUGCGCAUCGGCACGUUCCUCUUUCUCCUGCUGAAGCUGGUGCAGUCGUGGAAGGCGCAUCGCAUGGACGCCGUGCUCAGCGGGGAGCACGGCAGGUCCGCACUGGCGCAGUUUGUGCACAUCUACUUCUUUGCUGCCAUCCUCGCCCUCCUCAACAUCUUCUGGUUCUUCAAGAUCCUCAACAUGAUUGCCACCAAAGGGAUGGGCCGGCGCCAAACAGCGAAGCACACCCAGGACCAGAAGAAGAAGAGCAACAACAAAAUGAAACAGCAAUAGUGAGAUUGAGAGAGAGAGUGUGUGUGUGUGUGUGCGUGUAUGUGGAUGCAGCGUGUGUGUAUGUGUGUGUAUGUGUGUAUGUGUGUGUGUGUAUGUGUGUACGUGUGUGUGUGUGUGUGCGUGUGCGUAUGUGUACGUGUGUGUAUGUGUGUGUGUAUGCGUGUAUGUGUGUGUGAACGUGUGAACGUGUGUGUAUGUGUGUGUAUGUUGUCAUUGAGCAUGAACACUCCUCAAGACACUCCUCAAGUAGUUGGUUGGCUGUUGUAUUGAACACGAUUGAUUGAUGGAUUGAUUGUUCGCGAUGGAAGAAGGGGCAGAAUACACAAAGAGGAUGCGCUGAAAACGAGCAUCA